AGGCGCAAUAGGUCCUCUUGUCUGGUGUUUUUAGCUAAUCAUGAUAUACCGUUUAAUUUAACAUCUCCAAUAUUUUAAUUUAAUCAACAAAUGUCUAAUUCCCAUUGAAUUAUAAAGGGGAUGGUUACCUCAAUUUGUUUUACACUUUUAUAAAAUAAUAAAUUUCUAGCUGUGUGAUAUUUACCCAGACUGGAGGCCGGACCCACCAUUCAUGCGAGACGUAAAUUUUGAAAUUUUGUAGGAUAAUUAAAAUUGUUGGGUGGUUGACAUCUCUAUUUAGUCUAUGAAAUAUAAUUCUAUGAAAUAUAAUAUGGAUUCGAAUCUUGCAUUUGGGAUCAUUUAUAAUGGUAAAAAAAAAAAAAAAGAUUGUUACUAAUAGUAGUGUCUAACGCUUUUAUACUUUUUUUUAUUAUUAUUUUUUAAAGAAUAAAACAAUUUAUUUUGCCUGUGAAAAAAAAUGCAGUGCAACUCUACUUCACUGAAAUGAGCCACUUUGUACGAGUUCAUAUUGUAUGGACAGGACUAUGUUCAACUUCGAAGGUCUGAAAACAAACCAAAGCCUACACGCCUGGAUAUUAGAAUUCCGGCUUCACCGUAAAUGUAAAACAGCAUAUUAGUCCGCUCACAUCAAAGCGAAGCAAGGGCCUAGGGAGGCUCACCCUCUCGUAUAUCCGACCGAAGAGCGAAAACUCCGUUCCAUACUUGCAAUCAAUUAAAGUGGACAACGUCGGAGUAAGUUCGUGGCCGCACCAAACUAAAACAUUGAUUUAGGUUCUUGUUUGGUUCCUUUUUUCACUUUCUUUUCUAAUAACCGAGUGAUACGGUUGAAAGAAGGUUAUUCGAUUGGCUGAUGAGGGAGUUCUUAUUGUAGAAGCAUGUGCAGAGCUUUAACGAGGAUUCCUUGGCGGUCAAUUGCGGGUUCAUAUUGCAAAUUGAAAACACAUCAACAUGGCUGGAGAAGCUUCACUGACAAACUGGUGUUUGGGCGAGCUCUUACAACCUCACAGGCAGAAACAACUACAAAGUCCAUGCAAAUGCAGAUUGUCCAUGCACUUCGCAUGGGUGAUAGAAGCAAAGCUUCCAGUCUGCUUUCUAGUCUUGGCCAUGGAAACUACUCUUUACGAGCAGAUGAUUUUGUUGAUAUUCUUACCUAUUGUGCAAGAUCACCCGAUCCCUUGUUUGUCUUGGAAACUUGGAGAAUAAUGAAGGAAAAAGAGAUCAGUCUGGACAACAUUUGCUCCUUGCUUAUGCUGCGUGCACUCUGUAAAGGGGGUUACCUAGAGGAGGCACUUAAUUUUAUAAAUCUUCUUGGAGAUGGCAUCUCUCAGAUUUCACCUAUUUACAAUAGUUUCCUGGGUGCCUGUGCCAAAAUGCAAAAUUCAACUCAUGCCAAUAAAUGUCUGGAUUUGAUGGAGCAGCGAUUGGUGGGGAAGAAUGAAGUCACUUACAUACAGCUUCUCAAGCUUGCAGUUGGGCAGAAAAACCUGUCUGCAGUGCAUCAGAUAUGGAAUGAUUAUAUCAAACACUACAGUCUAAGCAUUAUCUCUCUGAGAAAGUUUAUCUGGUCUUUUACUAGGCUGGGAGAUUUAAAAUCCGCUUAUGGAAUAUUGCAACAGAUGGUGGCUUUAGCCAUCAGGGGAAGCACUUCUAUUUACAGAAGUGUGGAAGGAAAGUUGCUUUCUCCAAAACUUGACAUCCCUAUUCCAGUAAACCGUGAACUAGGUAUGGAGAAACUUGAUCCACAGGCAGGGGCAGUUUCUAUUCCUUCAGUGUACUGUGAGAAGUUGGAAAGUAAUGCUAUUUAUAAAGAAGAAUGUGCUGCUGUUGUUUUUGGAAUUAGAGAAGCUGAAAGAAUGCUGAAUAUGUAUAACAGCAAACCUCUUAUGAAGGUUUUGAGGUGGUCUUUCAGUGAUGUGAUGCACGGUUGUGCAAGGCUAAAAAAUUGUGAGCUGGCAGAGCAAUUAAUUUUACAGAUGCAAAAUCUUGGAUUGCAACCAUCAAGCCAUACAUAUGAUGGCUUUGUCAGAGCAGUUAUUUCUGAAAGAGGUUUCAAUUUUGGCAUGGAAGUGUUGAAGAUGAUGCAAAAGAGAGACUUGAAACCAUAUGAUCCAACUCUUGCAACUCUAUCAAUUUCUUGCAGCAAAGCACUAGAACUGGAUCUAGCUGAGGAUAUGCUGGAUCAAAUAACUGAAUUUUCACAUCCACAUCCUUUUAAUGCCCUUCUUGCAGCAUGUGACACAUUGGACAAACCUGAAUCUGCUGUGCGGAUAUUGGCAAAAAUGAAACGAUUAAAAGUUCGGCCUGAUAUUAGGACAUAUGAGCUUUUAUUUUCAUUAUUUGGUAAUGUAAAUGCUCCAUAUGAAAAGGGCAAUAUAUUUUCUCAAGUUGAUGCUGCUAGAAGGAUAAAAGCCAUUGAAAUGGAUAUGGCAACAAAUAUGGUUCAGCACAGUCAUUUAUCAAUGAGCAACUUGUUGAGAGCCCUAGGAGCAGAAGGGAUGAUAACAGAGCUGAUCCAAUACUUAGAUGGGGCAAAGAAAGUUUUUAGUUGUAAUGACACUCAUAUGGGAACACCCAUCUACAAUAAUGUGUUGCAUUCACUUGUUGAGGCCAAGGAAAGUGACAAGGCAAUAACCAUAUUCAAAAAUAUGAAGUCAUGUGGUGUCUUGCCGGAUGAUAUGACUUACAAUAUAAUGAUCGAUUGCUGUAGCAUUUUAAGAUGUUUCAAAUCUGCUUCUGCACUGUUAUCCAUGAUGUUGCGGUGUGGGUAUAAGCCACAACAUUUUACUUACACUGCUCUCAUUAAGAUUCUACUGGAAGAUGAGAAUUUCAAUGAAGCAUUGAAUCUUUUGGUUCAAGCUGUCUCAGAACGGAUCCAACUUGAUGUUUUGUUGUUUAAUACCAUUCUUCAGAAAGCAUGUGAUAAGGGAAUGAUCGAUGUGAUUGAGUUUGUUGUUGAGCAGAUGCACCAAGAAAAGAUUCGACCCGAUACAUCAACUUGUAACCAUGUGUUCUCUGCUUAUGUUGACUGUGGUUUUCAUAACGCAGCCAUGGAAGCAUUGCAGGUUUUGACUAUGCGUAUGGUAUGCGAAGAAGAUGGCAGUCUUCCAGAAAUGACAGAAUUUGGGGAUGAUUUUAUCCUUUCUGAAGGUUCGGAGGUUGAGUCGAGGAUACUACAGCUGUUUAAAGAUUGUGAGCAGGACCUUGCUGUUGCCCUUCUAAAUCUGCGAUUGUCUGCCAUAGUUGGUUCUUCAGUAUCGUGGUCUCCUAAUGAAAGUCCCUGGGCCAAAAGACUCUCAACACUCUCAACCAAGUACGGUACCAGAUAAAGAACCACUUGGUAUCACUCCACCAUUUUCUAACGCUGUGUAUAGCCCACAAUUAUGUCAGCAGGCUUUGCAAUUUUGCUUCAACGGCAGAGGAGAGGAGAGGUAGGGUGGUGUCCAGUGAAUAAUGGAUAGCACCAGCAAAUGUACAUUAUACGUCAGGCAGAAAUUGAUUGUAACUAGUGUCAUGUUAAGUCCCACGUUUUGGUUGGCAUUAAUUUUGUUUCUGUAGAAUUCGUUUUGUAGGUUCUAACCAUUUUGUGGGGUAGAUUGUUUUUACAUUUGUUAAUUUCAUUAUAUUAUAAAAUAAUAAGUUUUAAGUUAGA